CGGGGGGCUAACCCCCCGACGGGGGUCAACCUCGCCUCGUCGUCGCGCCGCGACGGGGGUCGGAGCGCCUUCGGCGCGCGGUGGCUGCCCGCGACUGGGGUCGACGUGGGGUUGUCGGCGGGGGUUACGCCACCCCGACGCUUAUUAAGAAACUCGGAGUAGCCAUUUUGGCUUAACUUCGGAGAGCCCGGUGUUUCCUCGGGCCCCUGCCCUUCUGCCACAGCUGGUCCGCUCAGCAUCAAACACCACCCACACCGCGACCUGCCCCGCAUGGUGGCGCCGAGCUCGUGGACGCCGGAGGAGCUGAAGAUAACGCGCACGCUGGUCUCGUGGCGAAGGCGCUUCGUGGUCACCACGGAGAGGAAGGUCGACACGAAGAGCGAGACGGGGUACAUGGUCGUGAAGAAUUACCUCCGGUGCUUGAUCACCGCUUUCCAGGUGUUCCAGGUGGAGCCCGCAUCACGCCACUGCCGCCAGUCCUUCAGUCGAAAGUACCAGAGCAGAUUGCCUGGGCUGUCCCAGGUGUUCUGGGUGGAUGUUCUUGAGGCGAGCAACACGCAGAUGAUUUGGAUGAACGGGUGCUGGUUCGAGCUCGGCCCGACGGCCGUGGACCUUGCGGGCCUCAUGCGGCACGCGUGGGCGGAGCUCGGGAGGCUGUUGAAGCGCCUGCUCGUGGACCAGCUCGCCGCGAGGCCAUGGAGCAUGGACUCGAAAGCGGAGAUGUGGUGCGCCCUGGAGGAGCUUGAUGCUGCCUGGGCGAAGUUCGAGUGCGCGUACGUGAUGCAAGCCAUGGCCAUCGAACAGGAGGCUCGAGUGCUGCUGGCGGAGGCGUGCGUCUGCGAGCGGGUCCUGUCGCAGGCGUCCGGGCGCCGCGGCCGUCGCGGCGGCACGGCGGCUUGCCAGAAGCAGCUCGGGGAGCUGAUGAGGGCGAUCAGCUUGCUCAGCGCCGCAGCCCGUGACGAGAGUGGGAUGCGCGCUGCUGAUCUGAGUCUCGUCACACCAGCCCUCUUGGAGGCCAAGUCCAUUCUGGAGUCCGCUAGGCUGCGGAAUCACCGCCAGAGACCCAACCUCGCACACGCCCUCGCGACCCGGGCGACAGACUCAUUUGAGGCUGUCCGGGACUACCUACGCAUCGCCUGGCACGACUUGGAGUCCGUGGACGGCCAGCUUGCGAACAAUCCCGGCCUCGUCGCCAACCUCGCUCGCUUUCAGGAGAGCAUGUCCGCCACGGCGCGCUACCUCGCAGACCCGAGGCUCAUGCGCGGCCUGAACUGCGCCGCCGCCUUUGUGCGCGCGGCGUGCGCCACAGCGCCUGCACUGGCGACACUGGGCGCAGACUGCGACGCGGAUUUCUUCGUGGCCCUUCCGAGGAUUGUCUGGCUGGGCUUCCUCUCGGCGCCAGACCAGACCAGCCCUCUGAUCGAGCACGCGCUGCCUGGGCUCUUCCCCGAGCCCCGGGUCCGCGGCCCCGAACUGCAGGCGCUCCUCGAGGCGUACGGCCAGACGGUGGAAAGACUCGCCACUGCAACGGGCAACGGGCCGCCGGCGCGGGAGGGGGGCGAUUUGGAGGGCCACAGGCGCGCGAUUGACAUGCUGGUGCAGCUUGCAGCGGUCGGCAUCGGCCAGGAGGGUUCCUGCGCCGAGGCAGAGGACUUUCUGCGCCACCUCGAGGGGUGGAGCAUGCGCCUGCAGCGUCAGCAGCCGGAGGUCUGGAACGAGCUCGCCUCCAUUCUCUUCUGGCAUCUUCUCGGACACGCGGACGAGGGGUGCAGCGACUGCGACCGCGGAUAGCCGCGCGGCUCCGCACACAGAGCAUCUCAGAGCAUAUGAGAGUUGGCUGGGCGGAAGGGGUGGAGGGCUGUGGAGGAGGGAG